CGCGGCCGCAGCCCCGGAGCCGGACCCGCCGGGACCGGAGCGGCGGAACCGCCGGGACCGGCCCGGGCCAGGGGGAUGCGGCACCACGGGGCCGGGUGAGGCUGUCGCGGGCAUGGCGGGCGCCUCGGUGAAGGUGGCGGUCCGAGUGCGGCCCUUCAGCGCCAGGGAGAGCAGCCGCCAGGCCAAGUGCGUCAUCCAGAUGCGGGGGAACACCACCUGCAUCACCAACCCCAAGCUCCCCAAAGAAGCCACCAAACACUUCACCUUCGACUACUCCUACUGGUCCCACACCUCGGAGGAGGACCCCAACUUCGCCUCGCAGCGCCGCGUGUACCAGGACAUCGGGGAGGAGAUGCUGGCGCACGCCUUCGAGGGCUACAACGUCUGCAUCCUCGCCUACGGCCAGACGGGCGCCGGCAAGUCCUACACCAUGAUGGGGCGGCAGGAGCCGGGGCAGCGCGGGAUUAUCCCGCAGCUCUGCGAGGACCUGUUCGCCCGCGUCGCUCGGGAGGGGUCGCCUGAGCUUUCAUUUUCUGUGGAGGUGAGCUACCUGGAGAUCUACUGCGAGCGGGUGCGGGACCUGCUGAACCCCAAGAGCCGUGGGGGGCUGCGGGUGCGGGAGCACCCCCUGCUCGGGCCCUACGUGCAGGACCUGUCGCGCUUGGCCGUCGCCUCCUUCGCCGACAUCGCCGACCUCAUGGACAGCGGCAACAAGGCCAGGACGGUGGCGGCCACCAACAUGAACGAGACGAGCAGCCGCUCGCACGCCGUGUUCACCAUCGUCUUCAGCCAGCGCCGCCAGGACCCGCUCAGCGACCUCACCACGGAGAAGGUGAGCCGCAUCAGCCUGGUGGACUUGGCGGGCAGCGAGCGCGCCGACGCCUCGGGGGCCAAGGGCAUCCGCCUCAAGGAAGGCGCCAACAUCAACAAGUCCCUGACCACUCUGGGCAAGGUCAUCUCCGCCCUGGCCGAGGCGCAGAGCAGCAAGAAGAAGAAGGCGGAUUUCAUCCCGUACCGGGACUCGGUGCUGACGUGGCUGCUGAAGGAGAACCUGGGCGGGAACUCGCGCACGGCCAUGAUCGCCGCGCUCAGCCCCGCCGACAGCAGCUACGAGGAGACGCUGAGCACGCUGCGCUACGCCGACCGCACGAAGCAGAUCCGGUGCCACGCGGUGAUCAACGAGGACCCGAACGCGCGGCUGAUCCGAGAGCUGCGGGCGGAGGUGACGCGGCUGCGGGAGCUGCUCAGCGCCCAGGGUCUCUCCGACACCCCCGUGUCCGGUCCCGCUGCCACGACGUCCCCCACCCUCAAUGGGGACCCGGGGCUGGAGCCCCCCCUGGGCCCUACGGAGGCCAUGGAGCGCCUGCAGGAGACGGAGAAAAUCAUCGCGGAGCUGAACGAGACGUGGGAGGAGAAGCUGCGGCGGACGGAAGCCCUGAGGCUGGAGCGGGAAGCGCUGCUGGCUGAGAUGGGGGUGGCUCUGCGGGAGGACGGCGGCACCGUCGGGGUAUUCUCCCCCAAAAAGACCCCGCACUUGGUGAACCUCAACGAGGACCCGCUGAUGUCCGAGUGCCUCCUGUACCACAUCAAGGACGGCGUGACCAGGGUGGGCCAGGUGGACGUGGACAUCAAACUGUCGGGGCCGUUCAUCCGGGAGCAGCACUGCCUCUUCCGCAGCCGCGCCGACCCCUCGGGGGAAGUUGUGGUGACGCUGGAGCCGUGUGAGGGGGCCGAGACCUACGUCAACGGGAAGCAGGUGACGGAGCCGGUGGUGCUCAAGUCGGGCCACCGCCUCAUUUUGGGGAAGAACCACGUGUUCCGCUUCACGCACCCGGAGCAGGCGCGGCGGGAGCGGGAACGGGGCGCGUCCCCGGGGCCGCCCCCGGACUGGAACCUGGCGCAGCGGGAGCUGCUGGAGCAGCAGGGCAUCGACAUGCGCCUGCAGAGGCUCCAGGAGCUGGAGAACCAACCCCAUCCGGAGAAGGAAGUGUCGGAGCGGCCGCAGCCCGAGGACCCUCCGUGCUACGAGGCCGGCUGGCGCCUGAUCUCCUCGCUGCGCCAGGCGCUGCCGGCGCCCGCCGUGCGCUCGGUGCUGCGCCGGGCCGGGCUCCCGUUACCGGCACCGGGCAAGCGCCGGGAGCCGCUGCGCGUCUACCAGAUCCCGCAGCGCCGCCGCGGCUCCCCGACACCGUCACCAUCACCGUCACCGACGUCGUGGGUGAGCAUGGCCGACCUGAAGGCGCAGGCGGUGCGGGAGCUGUGCCGCCGCCACGGCAAGCACGAUCCCGCCGAUCCCGACAGCGGCCGGGACGUGCGGGACGUGCGGGACGCCGGCGAGGACGAGGAGGGCGGCGGGCAGGUGAGCGAGGUGGAGGGGCUGCGGCUGCACCUGGACAGGCUGGCGGGGAUCCUGCGCGAGGUGAAGCGGCAGAACAGCGCCAAGGACGAGCAGAUCCGCGCCCUGCGCGACCGCGUGGGGCAGAUGGAGCGCGUCAUCCCGCUGCCGCCGGACGAUGGAGACGAGGCCGAGCCGCCCCACCAGGACCCCCCCCCGGCCCGCACGGAUGGGGGGUCGGGCUCGGCGCCCCCCUCGCCCCCGUCGGCGGCGGCGGCGCGGCUGUGCCGGCUCAUGGAGCAGGACCCGGCGUUCCGGCGGGGGCGGCUGCGCUGGCUGCGCCAGGAGCAGGCCCGGCUGAUGGGGGGGGGCCCGCAGGCCCUGCAGCCCCCCCGACGACCCCCACGCUUCCACCCGGCCCCCCAGGACUCCAAGCUGCGUUUCCCCUUCAAGAGCAACCCCCAGCACCGCCUGGCCUGGGGGAGCGGCGGGGACCCCCCCCACGCCGACAACAGCCCCCCAACGCCCGCCCAUCCCUCGGGGCGUCCCCGCCGGGGGUCCCUGGAUGGGGGGUCCCCACCCCCGGCCGUGGGCGCAUCCCCACCCCGCGUCCGGCGCCAGCGCUCGGCUCCCGACCUGAAGGCGCAGGGCCCCAUCCCGUAGGGGGUGUGGGGUUUUGGGGACACCCCCUCCCCCAAAUGGACAAUCGCGGCCUCCCCCCACCCCACAAUCGGGGGUCUCCCUGCCGGGGGGGCCCCCAGCUGCUGUCACACUGCCCCCCACCCUUCACCCUGCGUGUGUGUGUCUGUGGGAGGGGCGCUCGGUCAGGAGGGCCGCCCUUCUUACAGGGGAGUCCCUAAUUAAUGGCGAUCCCGCUAAUUAAAGAGAAGCGUCUCAUUUUUGGGGCGUCCCGCA